CUCCUGGUUCCCCAGCGGAAGAAAACUCUGAGUCCUCGACGUUUUGAAAACCACUUCCAUGUGUGGAGCUAAACAGAGAUACAAUGAAUCCACUUACCAAAGUGAAGCUCAUCAAUGAAUUGAAUGAGAGAGAAGCUAAACUUGGAGUUAAAGACGCAGUAUCGUGGCAUUCAGUGUACAAGGACAGUGCCUGGAUUUUCAUUGGUGGAUUUCCAUAUGAGCUGACAGAGGGAGAUGUCAUCUGUAUUUUCUCACAGUAUGGAGAAAUUGCAAAUAUUAACUUGGUGCGAGAUAAGAAGACGGGAAAAUCCAAAGGCUUUUGCUUCCUUUGCUAUGAGGAUCAAAGAAGCACCAUCCUGGCAGUGGAUAACUUUAAUGGCAUAAAGAUUAAAGGCCGGACCUUGCGAGUGGACCACGUGGCCAAUUACCGUCCACCCAAAGACUCAGAAGACAUUGAUGAUGUCACCAAGCGCUUACGGGAAGAAGGCUGUGCCCCCAAACUGCCCUCUGCAUCAUCAUCUGAGUCAGAGUCUGAAGAGGCGUACCUUGUGCCGAUGAAGAAGCCAAAAAAGGAGAAAAAAGAAAAGAAGAAAAAGAAGAAGGAGAAAAAGGAGAAGAAGAAGGCACUAAAAGAAGAAAGGCGUGAGGCACGGGCCAAAUCUCCCUCUAUUCCCCCUGUCAGGGUCAAGAAAGAGAAAGAGGAUGAGGGCUAUGAGAAGUACACCCUGAAGGGGGCGCCGGAGUCCAGAGGUGAGAGUGCUGGACAAGAGACCAGGAGCAACUGGGACAGACUGGAGUACACGGAUCGAGCCAGAGAUCAGCAUGGGAAUGACAGGAGAGAACGAGGGAGGGACAGGGAGAGGGACAGAGAGGAGGAGAGGAAACCAGAUAAGAGCAGAGACGAGGUGAGAUACAGAGAGGACCAACGUCAGCGUGAGUACAGGGAGAGGGAACGAGAGAGGGACAGAGGGAGAGAGGGAGAUAAAGAGAGGGGAAAGGAGAGUGAAAGAGAAAGGGAUUGGGAUCGGGGUAAGGAUAAUGAAAAGGACAGAGAGAGGGAAAGGGAGAGAGAAAGAGAACGGGACAGAGAUCGUGGCAGAGACAGAGAUAUAGAUCGAGGGAGAGACAGGGAUAGGGACAGAGAAAGAGAAAAAGCAAGGGAUCGUGAAAGAGAUCGGGACUCUGAUAAAGGCUCUGCAAAGCACAGAGAUCACAGUCGAGACAGAGAAUACAGGCGAAGCUGAAACAUGCACAGAAACUCAUUCUGUACUACUCUGCAGUCUUUCAGUGUGAGAUCUGCUGUUCUGGUGUCAGUUCUGAAUAGACAUUUUGGUAAUUUCCCUGCUUUUAAGGUGUUUUCACACUGUGUGGUCUGUACCUUGAAACUUUGUUUAUAGAAAAGAGGUGAUCUCGAUCCAGAUCAAUGGAACCAAGCUUCAAUUCGUUUGCAGAGUGGAAACUUUUUUUAUGAAUGGUUCUAGAAGUUGAGGUUAGCCAUUUUCACCUGUCAAACAAUAGAGGAAGAAAAAGGGGAAGCCCUGGUGUUGUGCUGAAAUCCAUGUUGACUCCUGUAUCUACUGUAACUGUAGAUUACCCUCUUUUAUAAAUAGAAAUAAAAUAAAUCUAAUUUA